AUGGCGGCCAAGUCGGAUGGCGGCGGCGGCGGCGGCGUGGGCUUCGCCCAGCUGCACAACCUGGACGAGGCGGCGGCGGCGGCGGGCGUCUGCGGCGGCGUCGGGGCAGCGGCGGCCGAGGGCGCGGAGGAGCCGGGCGGCAGCAGCUCCUUGCACAUCUGCCACUGCUGCAACACGUCGUCGUGCUACUGGGGCUGCCGGAGCGCCUGCCUGCGGAGCCUCUUCGGGCGGGCGGCCGCCGCCGCCGCCGCCGAGCCGCUGGCCCCACGCCCCGCCGCCGAGGGGCCGCCGCGGGCGCCGGAGGUCGGCGAGGCGGCCGAGCGGCCGUGGCUGGACUGCCUGUGGAUCGUGCUGGCGCUGCUGGUGCUGCUGGGGGACGUGGGCACGGACCUGUGGCUGGCGCUGCACCACUACGGCCGGCGGGACUACGUCUGGUGCGGCCUGACGCUGGCCUUCGUGCUGCUGCCCUCGGUGCUGGUGCAGAUCCUCAGCUUCCGCUGGUUCGUGCAGGACUACACGGGCGGCGGGCUGGGCGCCGUGCAGGGCCUCAGCAGCCGCGGGCCGCCCAUGAUGGGGGCCGCCGGCCGCCGGGGGGGACCCGCCGGCGGGGUAGGAGGAGUCGGCGGCACCACCACCCCCGGGGCGCAGCGCCUCUGCAGGAUCUCCGUCUGGGUCUGGCAGUCCGUCAUCCACCUGCUGCAGAUGGGGCAGGUCUGGAGGUAUAUCCGAACUAUGUACCUGGGGAUCCAGAGCCAAAGGCGGAAGGAACACCAGCGGCGUUUCUACUGGGCUAUGAUGUACGAAUAUGCAGACGUAAAUAUGUUGCGCCUCCUGGAAACUUUCCUCGAGAGCGCCCCUCAACUGGUGCUACAGCUCUGCAUAAUGAUCCAAAAGAACCGUGCAGAAACAUUACCAUGUGUGUCCUCUGUGGCCUCCCUGAUGUCCCUGGCUUGGGUGCUAGCCUCCUAUCACAAGCUUCUUCGGGACUCUAGGGACGACAAGAAGAGUAUGAGCUACAGAGGGGCCCUCAUCCAUGUCUUCUGGCGCCUCUUCACCAUCUCAUCUCGAGUUAUUUCUUUUGCUCUCUUUGCUUCCAUUUUCCAGCUCUACUUUGGGAUCUUUGUAGUGGUCCAUUGGUGUGCCAUGGCUUUCUGGAUCAUCCAUGGUGGGACAGAUUUCUGCAUGUCUAAGUGGGAGGAGAUCCUCUUCAACAUGGUGGUAGGGAUUGUGUACAUUUUCUGCUGGUUUAAUGUCAAGGAAGGGCGGACUCGAUACAGAAUGUUUGCGUAUUACACGGUAGUCCUGACGGAGAACGCUGCCUUGACGCUCCUUUGGUAUUUUUACAGAGAUCCUGACACUACUGACUCAUAUGCCGUGCCAGCACUGUGUUGUGUCUUUCUUAGCUUUGCUGCUGGGAUAGCUUUGAUGCUGUUAUAUUAUGGUGUGCUGCAUCCCAUGGGGCCAAGAGCUAAGAUCUUUGCCAGCUCCUGUUGCGCCGAGCUGCUCUGGGGCAUUCCUUUGCCCCCCGAUGUUGAGCCCAUGGCACCCCAAACCCCUGGGUACCGGGGGGCCCAGGCUACGCCCACCAGAGCGGUCACGGAGCAACAGGAGGAACUCACGGCUGACACUUGCUUGCCCGUUUUCCAGGUGAGAGCAAUGGUACCAUCUACUCCAUCUGGGCGACCCUACCCCCCUGAGGGGCCUCUCAUUAAGAUUGACAUCCCAAGAAAAAGAUAUCCUGCAUGGGAUGCUCAUUUUGUAGACAGGAGGUUAAGAAGAACUAUCAACAUCCUCCAAUAUGUCACCCCCACAGCUGUAGGUAUUAGGUAUAGAGAUGGACCUCUCUUAUAUGAGUUGCUACAAUAUGAAUCUUCACUUUAA